UGCGUGUAUACCUGCAUUAGGUAAUGUACAUACAUCAAAGGCAGACCAUAACAGCUUUGUCAACAGAACGGGAUGGCAGCAGAAGGACAUCAAUCGUACCUGCACGGUCCCUGUCAGAGAAUGGCUGAGAACCUUCUCAAGGACGUCGCAGGGCUGACAGAUGAAGGCAAGGGACCAGAUGAAGAUCUUGUACUCCAGGUUGUGGACGUUUUACAAGCAAGGGGUGAAACUGUACAAGAAUAUCUUAAAGCUCAUGUGAAGGCUAAAGAGAAUGUAGCCGAUAUAAAACAAAGUUUCCACAAACUGAAAGAAAAUGAAACCGCAUGCUUACAACGGAUACUAAAUAUCAAAGAAACUGCAACGUUCCCCAAUACAACACACAUUGAAGAGAUCAGAGAUAAAUGGCCACUGAUUAGAGACAUCCCUCUGAAAAACACCCAUCUGAUUGAUCGUAUGUACGAAGAACAUCUGAUAUCCGAGGACAGUGAGAAAAGCCUCAGAGAAAAGUCAUCAGAUAUAGAGAAAUCACUAGCAUUUGCCCAUUAUCUGAUAGGACUAUCCAUGUCUGAUUAUUGGGACAAAUUCAUUCCGAUACUAAAAGAAACGGAAGAAGAAACAGGGUUGUCUUUUCAGUUACGUUUUGAAAGGCCGGGGUCCGAUCACCAGCUAAAGGGACCAACAUUACCAAAGUCGACCAUUAUAGAGCUAAUACAUCCACGACGACUGGCACAAUCGUUGUAUGAGACAAAAGGAAUAACUGAAGUAAUAUUUAAAGAUUUGACCUCCAAAAACGUGAGUGAAAGCGAAAAACGCACGCUCCUUAAAAACGUGGACGAUCAAUGUUUUAAGGACGCUUUGCAAGACAACUAUCCACACCUGCAUGAAAUACUGACAGCGGCAAAUAAUACUUUUGUUAGAAACAGUACAGACGGAGAGCAGCAUGAAGACCAGGACAUGUCAACAAACUCCAGUGAUGAUGCACAUUCACUGGACAGGCCUAUGGACAGCAACGCCUAUGGUAACUUAGGAGGCUCACCCAAUCCUGAAGCUGCACCUUCUUGGUGUAAAUGUGGUCACUGUCGUGAUAUGAAACAUGAAGUUGAAAAGGUAUGCUGUGACCUGAAAGAGGGCGACUGUUCGUCAAAAUCGAGAACCCUACUUGUUCUCCUGCAUGGACCUAAACGUUUCCGAUCGUUCUUUAAGGAUAAAUUCCGCCGUUGUGGUAUGGCUCGUGUGAACAAACGAAGCCGUCAUGUGAUCUAUAGACAGAUGAGUCGUUUUCAACACGGCACGACAGGGCCUGGUAUCCGAGUGCCUCUUCCAAGCUGUGUGGUGUGGCGGGUCAGAAAAGAAUACCCAGAUCCAGAAGGAAACUACACUGGUUUUAAAGACGGUGUAUCGGCCACCCCUUUUCCACCUGCAAUGGCCAUACAAUCAAGCUCAGACACAUGACCUGUGAAUUUGUGAUACAAAAUAUCACACUGUCAAUCAAAGAGGUUAAACAAUGACGUAUUCCUAUUUUCAUAUUAUGUUGUCUGCCACCGACCCCAGGAGCUAUUCUGACCCUAAAUCUGUACAGUUACCCAUUGUAUGGUGCACAUGGCCAAAGAUCAUAAUGAUCACAAAAAUAUUUGAGCGAAGUAGUUUUGAUGAUCAUCUAGUUUUUUAUCGUUUACGGCCCCAUCAACAUAGAACAUAACGUCAGUCUCAAUUAGGCGUAAAAAGCCAAAUAGCGGUACACAUAUGAACGGAUCACUGAAAAUUUGUGAUGACAACAAAUGACAAUAAACAUUUCGUGAAUCAUAUGAAAUCUAUACUAGAAGCAGUCCAUUGUACGAUUCCUACUAAAUAAUUACUUUACCUGAAUAUUGUAUGUACUUUGAUAUUGGAAAUAUCUGGCACUGUUCAUCCGACCGGUUAUUUCUUCGCUUUGUCCCAAGAAUAUUACGAUGUCCUGCGAUGAAGUAUGACUACCUUCCCCUGUGGUAAGGUUCGAUUAGAAAGUGAUAUCUUCUAGCUCAAUAUUCAGCUGCCCACAAGUAACGCCACGCUGUCUUUGCAGACAACCUCCUUGUCAGAUUCAAAUUACGGUGCAAGCAAAUGUUUGCAGUUUGCGAAGGGGUAUCAUGAGUGUCACUGUGGUUUGUGUUUACCCAUUCACGGUCUAGUGCAGCUCUGUUUCCUGGCUUUAUUUCCGGUACCGCUUGGCGGUCGCGAUCCUACAGUGUGAGAUAAUUGCGUGUUAAAUCGUAGUGGCCCGACUAUUUCAUUCUCUUGUGAUCUUAUGAUACUCACUAACCAUGUAUUGACUAGAUGUGUGUUAUCUCUUAUAUGUUCGCUAGCAUAUUCUUGCAUUGAAAAUGUUUUUUGUUGCUGUAAUUUUGAUUUGGGGGAAUUUAUAUGUACAUUAAAAUAUUAUAUGUAUAUGUAAUUAUGGUCAUUUUGGACUCAUCAAUAAUUGUACAUAGCUUCUUGUGAAUUAUUGGAUAGCUUAUUUUGGCUCUUAGAUCUUCACUGUAGAUAUAGUAGUUAGUUUGCUGUUCGUAUUUUCCCGGUGUUUAGAUACACACGUUUAUAGGUAGGCACCCAAAUCAGAUGUAUUCCCCGUCAAUCCAGGAGAGGAUUUCUCACCCGAUGUCCGCACGUAGUAUAUUUAAAGUCUUUCUAGAUUUUAUAUCUUUACCCUCCAGACUUCAGUAAAUCGUUCACGAUUGUCUCGCUACUGGAGUGGUCACUGUCGAAACGCAGGUUUCGUCAGUAAGUGCGUUCGGGGAUAUGUCGAUCUAAAUUCUGACUUAGUCUGGUUGUAUUGAACACAGUUACUAGGGUUUCUGAUACUCUGUUUUUCUAUUAAUCUGUGUAUAACCAACCUUACCGUGAUUUACUAUUUGGGAACUUUAGUAUUUUCUUGUUCGGUCAAAGUGAAAGAAUCUUUAGUCGAUUACGACUAGUUGAUAUUCAGACGUAAUCGUCUAUUUUGUAGUCUAAGUGACUUAUUUUAGGGAUUAGCUGUCUGUGUUUCCUGUUAUUUUACUGAGCCGAGGUUAUUAACUCACAAGUUAAAUGAUAAACUUCUUUGAUAGGCAUUUAGAAGUUGGAGUACUAAGUAAGGAUAAGAAUUUAAGGAUGAACAACUUCUUAUCACUUGCUUGAUAACGGUGUUAGAAACUACACCGAAACGUCGCUCUCAAUUGUAAUAAAGAAGUUGGUCAUCCAUAAAUUCUUAUCCUUACGUAAUUGACAAAGGUGUUAAUUGGUCGCAGCCGACUUAAUUGGCAGUAUACGCACCGUAUCCAUAUCUUUUCAAAGUGUUGUUAAGCAACUCUCCUUUUUUAUUGUCGUGAUACAAUUGUGUGGCUAAAUUACUUGUAUAUUGGCGCUGAUAAAAGUAACAUUGGUAAGCUCGUCAUUGUAGGUGAUCUUAACGCACGAUGUGGUUUAGAGUGGAUAAAGUUCCACGUAGAGAAAUGAUUGACGAGACUGUUUAUCACCAUGGCAAUCUACUUAUUGAUGCUCUUGUUGAUUGCAAUUUAUGUAUGGUUAAUGGAAGAGUUGAUGUUAAUUACUUUACAUCUAUUUCAACCAAAGACAGGGCCGUUCUUGAUUAUGUUUUUGUACCCAAACGAACAGCUGUGUCAUGUUGCUGAUUUCAAAGUUUAUAAAAUGUCAGAUGUUGUAAAUAUGACCCAACAAUAUGGGAGUCAAAAGAUCCCAGAUCAUUCUUUAUUAGAAACAACUAUACGUUUUUGUAUACUGAACAUACUGAUACCACUGAUGAUUUUAUAGAAAAUAAGGAGUAUACAAAUGCCCAAAAAUAUAGUUUUAAGAAAAUACUCGCAUCAUUCCUGAAUGACGAACGGUCACUUCGACUUGUCUUAGGAGCUAUUAACAAAUUAGAAAAUGAUCUUUAUGAGGAAAAUGAUGCCAAUGCUGCAUUCCAUAGUCUUAUCAUUGAUGAAAUGAAAACUAAACUAAACAAGGCAAAAACAAAAAGUAAUACAAAUAAAAAAGAGAGCAGAUCUAGACCGUACUGGAACAAUGAACGUCAAGACAAGUGGGAGUUGGUUUGUAAGUGUGAAAGGGAGUGGUUGAAAAGUAAAAUUGUUUUAACUAAGCGACUUUUACGUACUGGUUAUAUUUAUAGAGAGUGCAGGAAAGACUUUGACAAAA